GCUGUCAACGGACCUCCGGGUAUGUGAGCGUUAAAUGAGUCCAGUUUGUUGGGACUGACGAUGGCUUCAGGUGGAGCAGAGGAAGAGGAUGAGGGGAUAUCACUGGACAUUGAUGACAUGCACAUGCUGCUGCAUGUGGAGCAUGAACAAAUUCAGAAAAGAACAUUUGCCAAAUGGAUAAAUGCUCAACUUGCGAAGAGGAGUCCGCCCUCUCGUGUAUCAGACCUGUUUGACGACCUCAAAGAUGGCUCUAUUCUGCUUGACCUUCUGGAAAUGAUUACGGGCCAGCCCAUGACAAGGCAAAGAAUCCAUGGAGUUUUUCAGCAGAGAGCAGAUAUUGAGACAGCACUGGACUUUCUCAAGAACAGAUCUGUAAAGUUGGUAAAUAUUAACGUCCCAGAUAUUAUUGAUGGAAAACCAGCUAUUAUCCUUGGCCUCAUAUGGGCCAUCAUUCUCCAUUUUCAUAUUGAGGAGAUGGCCACCAGUCUGCCCAGCGUACUCCCUCCCUCCUCCCUGGACUCUUUGGACAUAACUGAAUCCAAUUUAAUUACUCAACCAUCACUACACAAGAGCUUUGGACUAUCAGCUAAACAAGCCCUGCUCACAUGGGCUCAAAACCGGUGUCAUAGGGUUGGUUGCUCUAUCAGUAUCACAGAUUUUACUUCGAGCUGGAGUAGUGGGGAGGCGUUCUUGGCCGUCCUCUGCUCUCUCAGACCAGAGCUGGUGGAUUUGACACAGGUCCAGACCAGAACCAACCUGAAGAACCUGGAGCAGGCCUUUGAGCUGGCAGAGAGGGAGCUCCGGAUACCCCGUCUGCUGGAACCACAUGAUGUUGAUGUCCCUGACCCUGAUGAGAAGUCUGUUAUGACAUAUGUGGCACAGUUUCUAAGCUUCUCAAUUGAAUCUUCCUCUCCUGUUGCCAACACACAGUGUUCCAAAGAAGGGCCAACAGAAUCCAGAAAAGCUAAAAGACGACUGGAGAAGACCAGACGCCAGGUACAGACACGGAUUCAGCAGGCUAUCAAGUUAUUCAGCAGCAGAGAGAUAACAGAGGCAGAGGCCAGGAGGAAAGAGAGAGCUUUAAAAUCUCUGCAUCCUGCUCUCCUGGAGGGCUUCCUGUCUGCUGUGGACACUUUUGGAUCGUUCUGUUCUGAGCCUCAACUUCAGGACCUAAAGUUACUCUCCGAUUCAAUUAAAAAGCAAUGGGAGGAUAUACGUACGGACAUGUCUGAUUAUAUUGACAUGUUGUGGUGUAAGAUCAGAGAAAUUAAGCAGCAAGUGUCUGUGGAACCCUGCGAAAGACAUAGUAACACAGACCAAGCACAAGAGGAGCAGGAGAUACACUCUGUGAGGAGCAGACUGGAGCAAGAUGCGACUGGAACCACAACCACAACCACAACCACAACUAACCUACAGUCAAACCUACAAUCAAACCAUCAGCCCACCAGCCAAGAAGAAGAACAAAGUGCUCAAUGUUUCACUGAGACCCUUGACAAGAUGGAGUCUACAGAUGAUGAUAUUGUAUUGGUCUCGGAAAGCAUAAACAAGAUUGUCUCAAAGCCUAUUACUAACACAUCCUCCAUGGCUCGGACUGAACCCAGUGUGCUACUGGACAGUAAAAUCAGCACAAAUAUUCAUGCAACAAAUAUGGAGUUUGCAGAGGAAGAAUGGCACGAAGAUAAGCAGACAGAACUGACUAAAGAAAAUGUAUUCCAGUUACAUCAACCAUUAGACUUGAAGAUAGAUGUUUCAGAAAGGGUUAAAUAUUUCACAAUAAUGGGAAAUGAGGAGGUUGUUCAGACCAACGACAAGAAGAUAGGAAAAAGGACAAGUGAAAUAAAACCUGGAGAGAGUUCGGGCCAAAGACAAAUGGCCUUAUUGCGAAAACUGAUGGAUUUGCAAACAACAGCUGAAGAAAUAGGUCUACAGGAGGUCACUCUGCCAGCCCUACACCAACGAUCUCGUGCUUUGAUGAAGUUGGAAAGCAGUUUGUCAAAUCUCCACUCUGAGUUUGAGCACAUUAAGAAUACUUCACAAUCAGAAAACCACAACGUAGAGCAUCUUUGGGAAGUGACCACUAAAAUGGUCUCAGAACGGCAGGAACAGUGUGUUUACUUGGCUGAGCUGCUGAAGAGGUUUCAGAAGAUCAGUGCAGAAGUUGGGGAAACUUUACAGAGAGCUGAGAGCACAGUGAAGGAACAGGCCUCAUACAUGGGAAGAGACACCCUCCACAGACUACACACUAAGGUCAUUGAAACAAAGUCAGAGCUGAAUAAUCUUGGGGACAUGGUUGGAGAGCUGAGAAGUGCCUCAAAACAACUUCACAGUCAUUUACAACAAAUCCCACACUGCACCAGCAAUAUCCGGUUUGAGCCGGAGGCCCAGAAUCUGAUGGAUCACUGGCUCGAUAUAUCUGAAAGAGUGGAGUCGAAUGUUGAAAGCCUACAGUUCGCCCUAAGUCUGUGGGAUGGUGCUCUCAAAAUGGGGAUGGAGGUAGAACUCUGGACCAGCACAAAACUAGCCACUUUUGCACACUCCCCAUUUUUACAGUCAGAAGAGGACAUUGAGGCCUUACAGGCUGAAAUUAGAGCGCAGGAGGAGAGCAUCAAGUGUUUCAGUCGAAUAACAACCGAGAUUCAUUCCCUGCUUCAGACAGCAGAGCCCCCACUGGAACUGCAGGUGCGGGGGGCUCAGAUGAGGAAGAGGAUGGAUGAAUUACAGGAGCUUAUUUCUGAGGCUGAGGAGGUCUUCAGACAGACAGAAGCUGCUAAAACCAAUGUGUCUGACAGAAUGACAGAGUGUCUGUGCUCCUUACACUCUGUUCAUCAGUCCCUGCUCAGCCUCAGCGGCCCUGAUCCAACAGCAGUGCUCUCACAGCUUAAGGACCUGUAUUUGCAGCUGCAGGUCCAGAAUGAGCAGGCCCUGGCUCUCCAUGAUGACCUGCAGGUCCUGGCCUCAGUAGGGCGUCCCGAUGGCUUAGAGGCUCUAUGGGAGAAUGGACACAAACUCCAGGAAGCAUUUACACAGAUGCACCAGCUCUUCACUGAGGUAGAGGAGCAAACCCAACGGGACAUACAGCUCUAUCACAAGCUUCAAGCACAAGUGGAGCAUUUCAAACAAAAAGUGAACACUGAUGAGGUUACCCAGGAUCCCAGCGUUAUAGAGGAUUUUCAUCACAGGGCGAGGGAUCUCACUCAGCUUGUGUUGCUCUUAAGAAACUCCAAAUUUCAGAAGUCAGCGCUGAUUGAAGAGAGUGGGAAACUGCUAGAGCAAUAUUACAAGUGUGAAUCCAGCACACGAGGUGGACCCAGGGAGCUGCAUGAAUCACUAAACUCCCAGUUCUGUGUCAAAGAAGAGAACCAACCAGAAGCUCAAGUAUCUGAAGUCUGUGGAGUCCAGAGAGGCUCAUGUGCAAAAAAGGCAUGUGCCAGAGGAAGUAUAGAUGACAUGAAAGAUGGAGUCCAAAAAACGCAGGUUAACCUUCGGGCAGUUCAGCCAUAUCAUUUAUUCAGUAGUGGUUUACAGGUUGCCCCGAAACUGAACAACAACAUGAGGGAGGAAUGCAUUCGUCAUGACUCACAUUGGUCUGAAAUGGAGCGCUGUCUGUCACUGCUCAAGGCACAACUGGAUGAACUGUCCAUUACCGGGGAAGAAAUUUGUGAUGAUGAGGGCCUUGGCCGGCUGCUCCAGGACUGCUGCCACAAACUGACAUCUCUGCAAGGGAAGAUGUCCUCAGCUACGCCUGGCUCUGUACACGAGGUCGUGCUACAGCAACUAACAGCUAUAGAGAAAGUCCUUUCUCAGCACGUUGCACUCAGGGAUCCAAACAACAGCAUAUCUCAAGAAAUCCAUAACUUCCUACACCUCAAGAGGGCGCUAGACGACAACAUCAAAGACAAGACAGGCCAGGAGCAGAAGCAGCAGAAUGACCAACACAUGGAAGAUCACAACGUUUCUAAUGAAGAUAGCUUUAGGUCAGUUGGAGCAGGAAACUUCGUGACAGAAGCAGGGUCGGUGAAUGGCAGGAUACACAUGCAGCAAGGCAGCCAAACAGAGCAAAAUGAACCACCAACCUCCAACCAGCAGUCUUCUGGCUUGGAAGAAUUCAUUUGGGUCGACAAAGAAGACCAUGCUGCCUCACACUCCCAACCAUCACAUCCUCUUCAAAUUGAGAAGAAAAUUGAAAUCCAAGAAUCACCAAGCUCAGAAGAAAACCCAAUUUCAGCUGCUCCUGGAAAUGACCCAAAGUGGAGACCACAAACACAGAAUUUGGUCACUUGUCUCGCAGAUGUCCUAGAAGCCCCCAUCAUUGUCCAGGAUUCACAAAGAAAAAUACUUGGAAAAUUGAACACUGGAUGCAAUACUAGUGCUGAAGAAACUACGCCUAAAACUGACAAAGAUGACACAGAUUUUUGCAAUUUUGAAGAUGUUAAAGUUGCAGCCGUUUUGCCGACAGUGGAUAUCAAAGGUCUAUCAAAGAAUAAAAUCAAAUUGGAUACAGAGGCUGGGAAUAUAGGGCAUGUAAACGAAGAAGAAAGACUGUAUUUGGAUGGCAUUGGCAAACUGCUGAAAGAAGUGUGCAAACUAGAGCUUCCUGUGUCAUCAGAGGACACAAGCCAGAUGACCUUAGAAAUGGAACCGGAGAAGACGAACCGACAGGGCGAUUGCUGCUUGACAGGAGAAGAGGCGACAGGUGAAGAGGCGGCAGGUGAAUCGUCCAAGCACAAGUUCACCAUGAAGGACAUUUUAGAAGGUGUCCAGAGCUUGGUGGAAAACAGUUGCAUAAUAAAUAGGGAACCACGGCUUGAUCUAAAGUGGUUCCUGAACUCCUUUUCCAGUGAAGCUGAAAUCCAGUUAAUGCAAACUAUUCAAAGAGUUUUUGUUUGUCGCUAUGAACCUGCACAGCCCAACCUCACAGUCAUGACUACACAACUACAAGAGGCAGAGAAGCUCAAAUGCUGUGUCAAGGAGAAAGUAGACUCCAUAAAAUGUGCAUCUGAUGUCCAUAACAGUCUGUGUAGCACCGCCCUGCUGGAUGCCACUGCCACAGCACAAGUGAAAGCUGCACAAUUAGAUCAAGUCAUACAAUAUCACCGACAACAAAAGAUGACCAAAGCAUUUCUGGAGGUGGUGAUGACCCAGAAAGAGAACAUGAACUUGCAUAAUUUGGGAAGCAGUGAACUUUUAGCAGAACAGCUCAAUGCACUAUUGAAGACCAUGGACUAUAAAAAGUGCCUUGUUGAUGAUUUGGUCAAGUUAAGCCGCCAGUUGUCCAUAAACUUAAGUUGCACUGAAAAAUUUGGAGUUUUUGGGACCCAAAUUACUGACAUACAGAGAGAAUGGACACUAUUGGAACAAAAUGUUAAAACGGCACUACAAUACGCUUCAAACUCUGCCUCGCAACUUUCUACCUUCAGACAAGAAGCCAAAGCACUUAAAAACAAACUUGAAGAAUUGUUCAUCUCAUUGGAAUCAUUUGCGAGAUUACCCAAUUUUAAAAAUACUUGGUACUUGCUUACAUGGACAGCAGACUUGAAAAUGUACACACAACAAUGUGCAUAUUUGCGCUCACGAUUUGAUGAUAUCACUCACUAUAUUGGACAAAGAGACAAAGAUGUUUUGAAGAAGGAUGUUGAAACGGUGGGAUCGGUCCUCAAUGAAACUAAGAUGAAACUUGGAACUCUAACUGAGAAUUGUGUAGGAACUUUGUCUAAUAAUCUUAACAUGCAACUACAGGAUUUGGUUGUAUUGGCCAAAAAAGUGGAAUGCCAUAUUAUUACAGGUGGAAAAUUGGCUUUAUUUCCUGAAGAGGCACAUUUGCAGAUCACAGAGAUGGAAAAAUUCCAAAGUAAUAUUUUGUUUAGGCAAGCUCAAAUUCGAGAAUUUCAAUUUCAGGAAAUGAAUACAAUGACUAAAGUAGAAAAUAACCAAGUCCGUCUAGCAUUAGAAGAGCUGUAUCAGACUACUUCUAGCAACUUGUGUAAAUGCAUUGAAACUAUGAAAGACAACUUAAAAGGUAGGGAAGCAUUGUUCAACCAGCUUGCAAGUAUGGACACAUGGCUCUCUGAAAUACGGACCAAAAAAGAUGAAACUAUCCAGCAAGCUGAUCUAGCAAAUCUGGAGAAACAAUACAAGAUUCAUGUAAAAAAUGUGAUAGAAAUUGAGGGUAGAUGUAAGGUAGUGGAUGAUUUGGAGGAAAGUUGUAAGAACAUCUUGGUUGGUUUGAGUCCUGGAGACGGCUACUAUCUGGUGAAUAGACUGGCAGGAAUCCGAAUGGAAACUUGUGGCAUUUUAGCUCAUGAAAAAGCAUUUAUUUCGGAAUUGGAGGAGCUUAUGAACCUAUGGACUAAAUGUGAUGAUGAUUUGUCUAAAAUUGAGACAGGUUUACAGAACAUUGGCAUUGCCCUGAACAAGCAAAGAUUCCCACUAACACAAGAAUCUCUUUCCGAAAUGAGAAUUUUGAAGUGCAAGCUAACCGAACAUCAAUGCCAAGUACAGGUGAUACAACAUUGCCAGGAAGCUAAGCGUACUUCGCUGUUAGAUACUAUUGGAGAACUUCUCAACAGGUGCAACGUUUUGUGCCUUUGUGCCAUCGAGCAAGACAAGUAUGUGCAAUUGAGGAGGCAGAUGGAGCAGUCGAAUUAUAUAGUAAAUGAACAAAUACUGAGCGCUAAAGAUAAAGUACCUAAUUUGGGUGAGAGAUAUAAACUGUUCCAACAUCUGCUGGUUGAAUUACCUUUAGUGAAGACACAAUGCCAAGAGGUUGCUGAUCAGUUAGAAGCUAUAGCACAAGAAUUACAUCCUUCAGAGUUGAAUACAGAAAGGCAGAUGAUACGAAAUUCUGUGGACACUUUAGUCACUUGGGAGAAUGUCAUCACAGAAGAUAUCAAAAACUUGGAAAACCAACUUAAGCUAGAACUACACUUCAAAACAGAGCUGCUAGCAACAAUGGAGCUAAUGCAAAAGACCAAACAAGAACUGGAGAGAGCUAAACCAUUGUAUCCGGAUGAAAAAGCAGUCGAUGUGAGGAUACAAAAGUGCUGGGUUCACUGGAGGAAUAUGGAGUCUGCUAUGAGGGUGUUGGAAGGGCUCGCAAGAAAGGAGAAGAAGAACCUCAGGCAUCAUAAGGAACUAUAUGCGACUAGAAAUGCAGCUUUGAAGGAGUGCCUGGUGCAAAUGGAGAGUCUAUCCAAGGUGCGUGAGGCUCUGAAAGAUUACCAGUGGGCUGCACAGGGGGCUGUAGUCUUCCUUCAUAAUGCUGAGACCACAUUUCUCUCAUCCUCCGGAGGGUUUGCGGACUGCACAGAGCAGCAGAGGCAGAUCCAACAGGCCCUCGAUUCUCUACAGGACGGGUUUGAAGCACAUGUAGACAAUCUGACCAAACUCACACCCCAGCAGCCAUGCCUGUCCCGUACAGAGAUGGAGGAGAUGCAUAGUCAGAUACUUGGUCAGUUACUGGUGAGGCGGGCAGUGCUGGAGGCCAAGGCACAACUCCGACUAGAGGCGUUGCACAGGUGUUCAGAAAAGCACCAAAACUGCACUAGUAAACAUGACAAUGUCCUGGGGAUUUUCUGUGGACUUGAAGACAAUUUAUCAAAGUGUGCAACAGAACAUAUCACCUCUUAUGAAAAAUGUGUUACCCAUCAAAAAAGGACCAUGCUGUUAUUAGAGGAUCUGCAGGAGGUUGCUGGGCAGAUAAAGGAGCUGGGAGAUGGAUGUCCUGUACACGGCUGUGAGGUAGGGAGGGCUGGUGAGGUGAGUGCCCUCUGGAGGAAAUGGACCGCAUUACGACGUAAAGUUGGCCUACUGUUGGUACACACUGAAUUGAAGGCAGAGGAAUGGAAGAAUAUAACCUCGAGUAUUGAGCAGUGCCGCACCCACAUGGCUUCUCUUCAGACUGACCUCCCUCUCUGCUCCCCUGGUGGUAUUUCUGAGGGGGGCUCUCCGACACUCUUGGACCAGGCCGAGCUGCACCAGGCCGGGCUAGAGAAGGAGCGGCGGGUUCUAGCAUCCCUGGAGCAGCGCCUGGAGCACGCCCUGAGCCCAUCCCACUCCCAGGCUCCCACUAGUCCUGGGCCCCUCGGCAAAACACUGGUGGAGAUUAAAGACAGCAUCAGGAGUUUGAUGGAGAGCAAUCGGAAGGUGGUAGAAACAGCGCAGCUAAAGGAGAAGGAGAAGCAGCAAGUUAUUAAAGAAUUAACAGAAUUGGACAAUCACGUUUCAUGCCUGUCUUCUACACUGGAGAGCUCCUCUAGUCAAAGUCAGCAACAGGAGUACAAGGAGGAACUGUCCUCUCAUAAAACCAGAUUACAACACAUCAUGGACAGACUACACAGUUGCUACAGUGAGAUCCCUCUGGAUAUAUACACACUUUUACAAGACGUUCAACUUUCUCUACAAACAGCAACGGAAAAGGUGAUGGAGAGGAGUGCACAUGUUGAGAGAUUGUCAGGCUGUGUGGAGGAGCUGAGGUCAGGACUGGAGAGAGUGAGAGAGCUACUGAAGCAGAGGAGUCCAAGUGUCACUGAGGCUCAAAAUGCUCUCAAGCAUGUCUGGGAUGAGCUGGACCUGUGGCACGGCCGUCUGAUGCUGCUGGAGAGUGAGGUCCAGGAUCUGGCUGAGGACCUCCCUGACCAGGCCCACCUCCUCAUGGACCAACUGACCGAGCCUCUGCAGUGCUACCAGGACACGGCCCAGAUGGUGGAGCAGCACACAGCCUUCCUCAGCAAGAUUCCAGCCUGUCUGCGUGAGUUUGAAAACAUCUUGUACAGAGCCACCUGCUGGCUGGAGGAGGCAGACUCCUGGCUCAGUGCAUCUUGUUCUUUCACAACAGCCAAAAGUCUCCAAAACCAUGCUACCUCGCUGGAGCUGCUGUUGGAGGACUCGGAGAGGAUCAGACUUCUUCUUCAGGAGUUCAGACCGGUUCUGUGUGACAUCUGUGCUGUGUGCGACGUCACUGUUCAGGAGCAGAGACUGGAGGACACAGACCAACAUGUGGUCAAUAUGCAGCAAACCAUCCUUCAGCCAAUAGGGGCGCUGCUACAGGCUGCCACGGUGGUGGAGAAUUUGGAGGCUGAAUUGAAGACCAUAGAGAGAAAUGUGUCAAAGAUGGAAACAAUAUUAGCCUUGGAGGAUAAUGGAAACACUUCUAUUUAUGAACAUUUGCACAACAGACAGGUGAUUGUGUCCAGUGCAGAGUCAGCUAAGAAGGUGUUGAAGGACAUGCAGAGGGUUAAAGAGGAGCUGGAUCUGCCCUGGGACUCCAAGGACAAACUACUGGUCUGGUCUAAAGCCACUUCACUGUUACAGCAAAUACAAGGGCUGGAGCAACUGUCACUGAAACAAGCCACCACACUGGAGGGCCGAGAUGAGAUUAUCAGAGCUGCAGACCUACCAACAAUAGAUGAAGAAAAAGUACUACCAAAUGUUGAGGUGGUGGAUGGUUUGCCUUUUGAACAAAACACAAGUUUGGAUACCACUGAGUCUUGGCUGUUAUCUGUCAGGCCUUGGCUUGACACCAGUUCAUCUGAACACAUGGAGAGUGAUUUAAACUUUGAAAAUGCAAUGUGUGAGCCGCCAUUCUCUACAGAUGUCUCUACAGUUGGAAAUCAAACAUCUGUUGUCAUGGAAACAUCUGGGUCUCUGAAACAGGAAGUUCAUGUCUUCACUUCAGCUCAGGCCAGAUCUGGGCUUGAAGACACCAGAGUGGUUCCUGUGAGACCCAUAACUCCUUUUGCUGCCGCCGCUGUCUUUGAGGAGGAAGAACAUGGGCGUUCACCUUUAAGUCCCAUUGAGGAGCUGGACACAUCCAUUGAACUGAAACAGAAUGAGGGCAUAGAAAUACCCUUGAAUGAAAGAUACAAAGAAACAAGUUCUCCAAAUGACAUGAGCCGAUCAAACCUUCAGGAUGAAAAUGACAUAGAACAACCAUCAUGGAUUCAACUGUCUGAUGAGAUCUCCCAGACUCUGUCCAAUCCUGAUGAAUCCCAACUAGAUAUUCAGGUUUCAAAAGACACUAUGCCAUAUGGAGCCUGUCUACAAACAACUCAACAGGCUGUGCUUAUGCUCAGACCAAUAGUGAAUUUGAGUGGUUCUUCUGAACACAGAGAAUUAUUUAAGGCUUUGAAACGGCUUUUAUUUUCUUUAGAUACUCUCAGUAAACUUGUGUUAACCUCUGUCCAAGAUAAAAAUGAUGCUGAGCUAAAGCUGCUGCAGAAUGAGUGUUUCAGAGGAGAGCUUGUGACUUUGUCUCAAUUGUUGAAUCAAAUUGAGAUAGUGGAUAAACCAGAGGUAUCAGAGUGCGUCGUCUUCCUUCAACAAUGUGUAAGACGGGUCAGUGAGCGGCUGCAGUUACAUGUGGACCUCACUCAACAACAGGCACUGUCAAACCGAAUGGUUUUCAUGGAUUACCUCGAGCUAAAAGAGAAUGGCAUCUUCCAGCGUUCAGAGGAAGCUCCAAAUUUUCUGUGUGUGCUGGUCGGACAUCUGAGGCGGUCUCCGGAGGCUAGAGCCGAGCUGAGGCAGGCUUCCCAGUCGUUGCUGCAGGGGAUAAGAGCUCUGGUGGAAAUGGGUGAGGAGAGCACCGCGGAGGGGCAAAGGCUCACCAUUCACUGCCAAACUGAACUUCAAGCUGCCCUCCAGAGACUCAAGAAGCUCCAGGAGAUCCUUGUGUCCCAGUUGGCUUUCACACAUCUUUUCCAACAAGAAGCCCUGAAGUGUCAUGAGGAUGAGUGGGCACAGCUGCAAGUCAGGGCCAGAGCUCUGCAGCAACAGGCUUUAGACCAACUUGUAACUUUUCAAUGGAAUCUGCAGGAGUGGACACAGUGGGAGGAUAAUUGUGGUCAUUUGGGAAGGCUCCUGGAUGAGAGUGAGGGCUUUUUGAGCAGAGAGGAGCUGAAUGGGAGUGAUGCACAGGAUAUAAUACAACAAAGGAUACAAGCGUGCCAGGAAAUUUUGUCCAAGCUGGAUAAGAGCAGAAACAUACUGGGCCUGCUGCUGGACCAAGGGGAAAACUUGCAGGCUGCCUCGGUCCGACAGAAAGGGGGCGCUCUGGAGCUGCAGUGGAGAGACAUCUACAGACAAACUGAAGGAGCAAUCAAUCGCUGCAGAGACAUGCAGGAGCACUGGGCCAGUUUCCAGACAAAUAUGGCAUCACUUAACCAAUGGCUGCAUGGUGCCAAGGAGCAAGUCCAGACAUGUUCAGGCCUUGCUGCGACCUCUGACCUCAAAAUAGAACAUGUUCACAAGAGUUUGAUCACGCUGCUGGAUCUCUCUGUUGAGGUUGGCUCCAUGUCAGCCCUGAAAGCGUCUGUUUGUAGAAGCCCCUGCCCAAGUGAGAGACAGCAGCUCACCUACCUAGAGACCCAGUGGAGCCAGCUCACCUCUGCCCUCUGCAAGACCCAAGAGCAACUGCAACAGCAUCUCCUGAAAAGAGGGCCAUCAGUUGACAUGCUGUCUGCUCUGGAGGAUUGGCUUGAGAAGAAACAAACUCACUUUAAUGAGGAAAAAGAAGAGAACCCUGCCCGUCGCUGUCUGCAGCAGCUCAAGGGGUUAAAGAGUGGACUGGAACACGGGCAGCUGCUCCUGGACUUUCUGUGCCAGUCGGGGCCUCCUCUUGUGGGAGACGGAGCCAUAACUCUCCGCUCUGAAAGGACAAUGCUGGAAGAGAAACUCGGUGCCCUCAGACUGCGCUGGGGCAACCUACAGGGGGAGCUAGAGAUCCAGAUUAAUGGGGCAGAGCACAUGCAUCAAAUUCAGGCUCAAAAACAAAAGAAGUUGCAGCAUCUUCAAAACGUUAUCGACCAAAAGAAGACAAAACUAGAUCAUUUAAAGCAACCUUGUGGUGAAGUUUUGGCUCGGAGAAUACUGCUGGAGUGGGAGGGUCAUGUGGACAGUUUGAAGAACAUAGCAGCAGACGUGGAGGAGUUGAAAGACACAUGGUUGAAUGUAGAAAAUGAAGUUAAAGAUUGCACUAGCGAUGUGGUGUUUUCUGAGCAAGUAGAGGAGCUCAGUCGUACCUGUGAAGACGUCAUUCAACAGAUGGACACUUUACAUCCUUCCGUACAGCAGACCGCUGAGAAGUGGAGUCUUUUCAAAAAACACUUGAAGGAAAUUUCCCUUUACUCUGUGAGGCUACACUGCUCCCUACAUCAGAUCCACGCUCCGGUCUUCUCCUUACAGGAGGCAGAAAGGAGCCUUCUCUUCCUCCAGGAAUUGGAGUUGACAACAAAUAACUACGAAGACCUAUGGGAUGAAUUGGAAAAAUCUUGCCACGACCUGGUGAAGAGGGAUCAAGUAGCAGCAGACGUGUUGAAGGAAGAAAUGGAAAGAGAACGUGCGAGGUGGAAAGGAGUCCUGCAGGAUUUGAAGGACGAAAUUGGGAAAACACAAAAGAACAUUACAAUAUGGCAGGAGUUCACAAACCUGUUGAAAAGCUGCUCACUUCAACUGCACCAAGCCUGGACUCAGUGGGAGGAGCUACAUUCCCCUGACAACGUGCAGGCCCGAGCUCACAUAUUACAGGAAUUCCAAGAGAAGGUUGAGAGUGUGGAAAGGACCUUGGAGCAUGUUCUGGUAGCUUCCAAGCUUUUGAUUGGACAACUGGAUCCAAUGGCUUCUAAUAUUGUCCAAUCACAAACCAACCAGGUGUCACGUGAUCUUCUGAUUUUGAGCCAAGCCUUGCACGUGCAUAAGAAGAACACCAAGGAUGACAUAGACCAACUGAAUGUAUUCCUGGAACAUUUGGAGAGACUUGAAAACCAAAUGAAGGAAAAAGAAGAGCAAAUUAACAAAAUAAAUGGUGUAGAUUGUGCAAAGCAGGUUUUCCGGGAACUCUCCAGCCUGUUUUGGUCCAUGUUUGACAUCAGUGAGAUGAGUGCCAACGUGAACCUUAGCAACCAGGAGGCACAGAGGCUGCACCAUCUCCAGGGGAGAUAUGUGCACAGUCUAACACAUGGGCUAGAGCAGUACAAGCAGCUGCAGUCCCAGCAUUAUGACUCUCUGGACUUUGAUGGAAAGUGUAAGGCCCUGACAGAUAUUCAAGAUAAACUGGAGCAGGAAUCAACACUGAGGAACCCUGAGAAUUACAUCAAUAUGAAACACAUGGCAACUGUCCACCAGAAUCUUCAAGGUGACAUCGUGGUAGGGCACCAGUUACUGCAUGGACUUCAGUGUGACGCUGUAAAGAUCAUGGAAAACACAACUGACACACAAAGAUUAGAAACCCUUGCCAAGGUUUCUUCCAUUAAGCAGAAGUGGAUUGAUACAUUGAAUGUGAUUAAACGGCGUCAAUCUUCGGACAAACAACUGUUGAGCCAGUACAUCACGUACCAGCGUGGACUUAAACAUCUUUACAAUAUUAUAAGAGGAAUCGAUUCUCUACAGCUCCCUACAGGACACGUUAUAUCUGUGUCACAAAUACAGAUGCAAGAUUAUAAGGCUGUCGAAAAGGCUCUCCAGCCUCACUCUGCCAUCUACACCAGGGUAGUGGACACUGGGAAAAGUUUGUGUAAAAGUAUGACAGAUCCUGAGAGUCAAAUGAAACUCCAAAUAGAAAUAGAAACUUUAGAGAAGGAAUGGGAACAUUCAACAUCACAGCUGGGAACGCACAAAGCAGCAAUCAACAAUGCACUCCAGAAGUGGGAGCAGUGCCAGAAGAAGAUCGCUGAGUUGAGAUCACAACUGGACGAGUGUGGACUUAAACUGAAGAAAGCACUACCAGACAUACCCAAGGACGCAGAGGAGAUCAUUCAGGAGACAGAGUUCUCCUUGCGGCUUCUGAGGACCGGAAAACAAGAGGUGGACACCAUGAAGACGGACUUGUCCCACUAUCUACCACUCGGGGACACUGCGCUGUUGGAGCAGCAGCUAGAGCAACUUCACAGCCAAUGGGAAGAGCUGUGCACGAAGGUAUCCUUGCGUAAACAGGAAAUCGCAGACCGCCUGAAUGCCUGGACCAUCUUUAAUGACAAGAACAAGGAGUUCUGUGAUUGGCUGACGCAGAUGGAGAACAAAGUGUGCCACAGUGCUGACCUGAGCUUCGAAGAAAUGGUUGAAAAGCUCAAGAAGGACUGCAUGGAGGAAAUUAAUUUGUUCAGCGAGAACAAGAGGCACCUGAAGCAGCUGGGGGAGCAGCUGCUGAGGGCCAGUGAUGAGGCCAAGCAGAGCCAAGUGCACGGCUCCCUGCAGGAGGCCAACCAGCGCUGGCACGGCCUCUUCCACCACAUCCAGGACAGGGUGAAGAAACUGAAGGAGACGCUGGCCACAGUGCAGCAGCUGGAUAAGAACAUGAGUAAUCUGCGCUCAUGGCUGUGCCGCAUCGAGGCCGAACUGUCUCGACCCAUCACCUACAGCGUGCUCCACCACCAGGAGAUCCACAAGAGGCUGGCCGAGCACCAGGAGCUGCAGAGGGACAUAGAGCAGCACACAGAGGGGGUGGUCUCUGUGCUCUCCCUUUGUGAUGUUCUGCUCCAGGACCAAGACGCCUCACAUGGGAUGGGGGCAGACAGCGACUCUCUGCAGGAGACCAGCCGCAGCCUGGACCAGCGCUGGAGGACCAUCUGUGCCAUGGCCCUGGACCGCAGGCUCAGGAUUGAGGAGACUUGGAGACUGUGGUGUAAGUUCCUUGAUGACUACUCGCGUUUUGAAGACUGGUUGAAGAUGGCUGAGAGGACCGCUGCCAACCCCAACACUGGAGACAUCCUGUACACUGAGGCCAAGGAGGAGCUCAAGAAGUUCGAGGCUUUCCAGAGGCAGGUCAAUGAGAGGUUAACACAGUUGGAGAUAGUCAACAAUCAGUACCGCCGCUUGGCCCGGGAGAACCGCACGGAUCGGGCCAGCCAGCUCAAAGCCAUGGUCCAGCAGGGGAACAGGCGCUGGGACGCCCUGCACCGGAGAGUGGGAGCCAUCCUACGCAGACUCAAGUAUUUCACCAGUCAGAGGGAGGAGUUUGAGACCACCAGAGAGAGCAUGCUGGUGUGGCUGACUGAACUUGACCUGCAGCUCACCAACGUGGAGCACUUUUCUGAGAGCGACGUGCAUCACAAGAUACAACAGCUCAAUAGUUUCCAGAAGGAGAUCCGGCUGAACACGGAGCGUAUUGACGGACUGAUCGUGUUUGGAGAGGGCCUGAUCCAGCGCAGUGCUCCAGGGGACGCAGCGCACAUUGAGAACGAGCUGGAGGAGCUGCACACAUACUGUCAGGAAGUGUUUGGGAGACUGGUACGCUUCCAUCAGAGACUCAGCCAGCCACCGGACCCAGUGGAACCCAAAUCCUCCAUCACCAGCUUCUCCUUGGAAUCCAGUCUGGAGCUGAUUGGCCGGCCAUGGUUGGGGCGAAGCCUUAGCAACCCUUUGGCUACACCCACUCACCUGCUGGCCACACCCCUGUCCCACUCGGGCCGGGAGACUCCUGUGAGUGUGGACUCUCUGCCCCUGGAAUGGGACCACACUGGGGACGUGGGAGGGUCAUCGUCACAUGAGGAUGAGGAAGAUGAUGACCUGGAUGAUGAAGGAGCGUAUUUUAGUGCAGUGUCCAGCCGAUCAGUGUGCGAUUCUCCAAGAUGGCGGACGCAGGACGAUCCAGAGUUUCUCGAUCUUGAAUCCAAUGGUCACAGUGAAGCUCCGCCCACUCUCUCCAGCACACCUUUGAAGCAAGGCAAUUAUCUGCACCUGAUAUCCCAGUGCAGCGGGAGCAUUGAGGAUUUUAAGAGGGUCUCGUUGAUCUUGGAUGAAGAGGAUCUGCCGGAUGAGUUCGGACUGGUUGGACUUAAUGUUUCAGGCAGACAAUCAGGAGUGAUUGAGCGCUGGGAGCUGCUGCAGGCACAGUCCCAGUCUGACCUCCGGGUCGACCCAGAGGAGGAGCAGCAGUCUCGGGGUUUGGAUCAGAUCAGCUCCUGGUUGGACACAGUGACUCCACAGCUUCAAUAUUUUCUACUGUCUAACCCACCCAACACCGUGGAGGACAUGACCAACCAGGCCAGAGUGCUGAAGGAGAUGCAGAAGAUGUUUGCUGAUUACAAGUCCACCGUGCUGUCCUUGAACCUAACACUACAUGGAGAUCCAGAUGUUCAACAGAAAGUGGCUUUAAUCAACCAGAAGUGGAGCAAAGCCUGCACUGAUCUCCAGCACUGGGACACCUCGCUCAGAAAAACACUAGUGCGCUGCCAGGAAUUCCACAAAACCCUCCACUCCUUGCUUCUGUGGCUGUCCCAUGCAGAGAGUCGACGGUAUGCAGUGGACAUACACCACCCGGAGACAUCGGUCAAAGCUCUCAAACAACACUGCAACACACUCACGGACGUGCGUGAGGAGCUGAUGCGCAGACAGUCCCAGCAUGCCUCGCUUCAUGCCCUGUGGAGCCAGCUACAGCCGGAGCACACAGACGACAGUGACGAGGCCCAGGAGAAGCUGCACGUCACAGGGAGCAAGAUGAAGGUCCUGCUGAGGGAGCUGACCCAAGACCUGAGUGCAGUGCAGAAGAGACUGGAAAAUGAAUCAGCAUCUGAUGAAGAAGACCAAAGAGCAUCCAGUGUGUCGUCUGAGUCCAAGAAAAAAUCUCCAAAUUCAAGAGAGAGAAGAGAGCCAGCCCGGCGCUCCUUUUUCCACCGGCUUCUCCGUGCGGCCUUUCCCCUCCACCUUCUCCUGCUGCUGCUGCUCCUGAUGCCCUGCUUGAUCCCCACAUCCCCCCCAGAGCACAGCUGCACGGGGUCCAAUAACUUCGCCCGCUCCUUCCAGCCCAUGCUCCGCUACACCAACGGGCCCCCACCCACAUAGUGCUGGACUUUAACACCCAGUGGGACCCCCCUACAUUCUGAUGGACUUUACUCAAAAAUAAAUACUCUAAUAAAUGUAAAAUAUGGGCUGAGGCAAAAAAAAAUAGCUUGUUCAAAUUGUCAAAGGCACCAGGUGUUAAAGGUGUAACUUUAUGUAACUUUUUCGAGUGAUGUCGCCUGCCACCUACUUGUCUUGAUGAAUGUUAUUGCUCUGAUUAGAAUGUUCCACAGUAUGGAUUUAAAUUGAUUUAUCUUGCAUUCAUACAAUUACAGGUAUUUUAGUUCUCAAAAAUACCUCGACAAAUGCAGGGUCACCUCUCCACUGAUCUGACUUGUAACUUGGCCAGGUAGUAUCAUCUACUUCUCUGUUUCCAUGGAGCUAGAUUAAUUUAAUGCCAUAUUUUGGAACAUUCCAUUCAAAGCAACAGCUCCAUGGAGACAAGCAGGUGGUGGACCCUCUGAAAAGUUGUAAUGCACAUUUAACUGUGCCGACUUAUUUUAAAAUACUACAAUUUUAAUAUUAGUAAUUGAAGAUUUCUACAUUUUAAAUCAAGUAUUAAACAAAAGAUACAAUUUGUGUUUUUCACUUUUCAUAUUGUCAGAGGGUUAUAAACCGCUCCACACUUGUGCAUAUAUUUUGUAUGUGUUGACUAAGAGUACGUUUUUUAUACUUGGAACACUGGUUAAUUAAAAUGUAUUUAAAAUUAAAUAUUAUGUCCCUUUUUAUAUAUCUGGAUUACAUUCUUUGAACAACAUCUCCACUGUAGUUGUUGUGCAAAGAAUGUGUUAAUAAAAUUUGUAUUUAUAAUGUUACUCAAUGUUUUGCUAAUAAACGCUGAAUUUG